AUGUAUACGGUGGAGUGGCAAAAACGUGGGCUGCCACAUAUACAUUUGCUUUUGUGGCUGACAAAUAAAAUCAGGCCCGACCAAACUGACACAGUUAUAACGGCAGAAUUACCAGACCAAGACGAAGACCCAACAUUGUAUGACAUCGUGGUAAGGAACAUGAUUCACGGACCCUGUGGAGCUUUAAACCCUAACUCGCCAUGCAUGCAUGAGGGAAAAUGUUCAAAAAAAUUCCCAAAACCAUAUCAGAGUCAAACUUCAACUGGUGAUGAUGACUAUCCAAAGUAUAGAAGAUUAUCACCAGAGGAAGGAGGACGCAAGGCUGCUAUUCGUAAUUACGAAAUUGAUAACAGAUGGGUAGUGCCUUACAAUAAACUAUUAUUAAAAAUUUUCGAGGCGCAUGUUAAUGUAGAACUUUGCAGUUCCGUGAAAUCAAUAAAAUAUGUCACUAAAUACAUCAAUAAAGGAAGUGACCAGGCUACGUUUAGUUUACAUUCUACAAAUGAAGUAGAACAAUUUCAAUCUGGCCGCUACAUUUGUAGUUCUGAAGCACUAUGGCGGAUUAUGUCCUUCAAUAUUCAUGAAAGAGCACCAACUGUCACACACCUCGCUGUUCAUUUAGAAAACGGACAGCGGGUGUAUUUCACUGAAAAUAAUGUAAAUGACAUUGUGAAUAAUCCAAGAGAUACUACUUUAACAGCGUUUUUCAAACUAUGUGCAGAGGACGACUUCGCAAAAACUCUGACCUACGACAAGGUGCCUGCCUAUUAUACCUGGAAUCAAAAUACGAAAAAAUUCCAACGACGAAAGCAGUGGGCGGUAGUUCUCGGGUACCCUGGCGUGAGAAAAACAGAUGCUCUUGGAAGGGUGUACGUGGUACACCCUAAUAAUGCAGAAUGUUUUCAUUUGCGGUUGUUACUCCACGUUAUAAAAGGCCCUACUUCGUUUAGAAGUCUCCGCACUUUUGAAGGUGUAACUUACGACACAUUCCAAGGGGCUUGCAAAGCUAUGGGCCUCCUCGAAGAUGACAGUCACUGGGAGAGUACGCUCUCUGAAGCAGCCAUAUGCUGUUCACCAAAAUCACUUAGGUGCCUUUUUGCCAUUAUGAUAUCGUUCUGCCAAAUCACGGACCCGCAUCUUCUUUGGCAAAACUAUCAGGAAAGUAUGUCCGAAGAUAUACUGCAACGCAGACGACAAGAACUGUCAUCAGAUGAUUUAGAGUACGACCAAAAUAUUUUUGAUGAAGCUUUAAAUGAAUUAAAUAAAGAGGUCGAAUCUCUAUCAGGUAAAAGUAUAAAAGAUUUUGGUUUUAACUUGCCGUUAAAUUCAAAUCUUUAUGCAAUGAACAACAUCGAGGAUUUACGAGAGACUGACUAUGAUUACACCCAACUCUUACAGACAAUUCAAGAUGAACAUCGCUUAAAUCCAGAACAAAAAAUUGUUUACGACCAAAUAUUGUCAUCAGUUAAUAGUAAUGAAGGGAAAAUGUUCUUUCUAGAUGCACCCGGGGGCACGGGUAAAACAUUUAUAAUUAAUUUAUUAUUAGCAAAAGUAAGGUCUGACAGAAAAAUUGCUCUUGCCGUGGCGUCGUGCGGUAUUGCAGCCACACUUUUGAAAGGCGGGCGAACUGCACAUUCCACUUUCAAACUACCUUUAAAAAUUUGCAGUGACGACGUCUCUAGCGUUUGUAACAUCUCAAAACAGAGUAAAACAGGUAAUGGUGCAUUUCAAUCCGGAAAUGUUAAAAUCAAUCUUAGUAACCUAUGUGCUUUGGUUCAAAAUGUGGAAGAAUUGGUUGAGACCGUAUAUCCCGAUAUUACUAAUAUAACUACAAAGACUUUAUGUUGGUUUAAGGAAAGGGCUAUAUUGGCACCUACUAAUGAACAGGUUGAUAAAAUUAAUCAUUUAAUUAUUUCCAAGUUUGAAGCACCAUCACAGAUAUACUAUUCAGUUGAUACAGUUUUGGAUACCGCAGAGGCAGUACAUUAUCCAACUGAAUUUUUGAAUUCUUUAGUUCCUCCCGGAAUUCCUCCACAAUAG